AUGGCUGAAGAGGCCACGGAUGAAUCGCCGAAGAUCAACGGUGAUGCCGAGGGUGCGGCGAAACCAACCGAGGCGUCAAAAGACAUCGCUACGGAUUCUACUCUCUCCUCAUCCGAUUCUAACAUGAAUGAUAAUGUUGCGGUGAAAGUGGUUUCGGUCAACAACGAUACAUUUGAUCUACAGCUGAAAUCCGGCGAACUGUUUAAUGAGAUCGUUCAAGUGCUUCUGGAAAGAGACAGUACCUGUCAUCGUACUUGCUUCGGGAUGUACCUAGAAGAUGAAAAUGGUGGCUCGAAGCGGGUGGAUGCCUUCUCCGAGCUUGGUAGUGUUGCGCCGGGUGUUACAAGCAUGAAGGUCUCUAUUGUGCCCGAGAAUUACUCCGUGCGUGAAGUCAAAAUCCACCUCAACCACAUCAGGGACAUUCUUCGAUGCGGUAGUGGCCGGUUCAAUUAUGACGCUUACCACUCGCAAGAAGGCCAGUCGCCAUCGUAUGUGCAGACGCUUCAGCUCUUCUCAGAGCGCGCUAAGGACGUGAUCAAUCGCCCUCCGGAUUUUCUUCUGCCAGGCCCGAAGGAGCCUCCUCUCGAUUCGCUUUUCCCUUACAUGGGACUGAUGGGCAAGACUCUUUCGGCGGUGUCGAAUAUUGCGCUUUCACCAUAUAACCCGCCAAUCGGUUCCAGGAAAUUGAAGGGAGACGUCCUCUACCUCGACAUUGAUACGGUGGAAAAGCGUCGCCUUUAUGUUACCGCGUGUCUGGAGGGCUUCUACAUUAAUGCGAGCACUGAGGAUUUGUUCAAGCCGAUUCAUGCUCCCGGCCCGAAGGAGACCACUCAUCGAACACUGGUCGAACUUCUCAACCAGGCCUCCCCUGGUUUCCGCAAGGCGUAUGCCAAUAUUCUCAAGCAACGUUCCGACAAAAAUCUUCUCGAACGUCUCCCUGCCCCCUAUCCGGUGACCGCCUGGUGCGUCCCGCAUCCGCUGACGCCGAUUCCCGACAGUAUCUGUGCCGAAGAGGCUUCUCAGCCGCAGCGGCUGGGAUUUGAAGACUCUCUGCCUGGUCAGCUGAGGAACUGGAAUGAAGAGCUCCAAGCCACCGUUGAAAUGCCGCAAGAUACUGCAGCGGCCCGAUUGAUGCGGGAUCGCUCUGUUUACAAGAUCCAUGCUGACUUUGUGUAUGCUUGUGUUCGGGGCGCCGUGAACAUCCUUGAUGGAAACGUUUUGCCACUGAACCCGGGAGAGGAAGACCGAUCUCAUAUGUACAUCUGGAAUGAUAUCUUCUAUUCACUCGGCUUUGACGUCAAGGAUCACUACAAAGAUUUCGGCGGCGAUGCUGCAGCGCAUGUUGCCAGUGCUGCUGAUUUGGCCAACGUGCGACUCUACGCUAACAUUAACGUUCCUAAACUACAUACCCUCGGCAUGGCCGUUGUUGACUACAGAGGAACCAGGAUCGCGGCUCAGAGUGUCAUCCCAGGAAUUCUCGAUCGUGAUCAGGACCAAUCUGUGAUCUAUGGUUCAUCCGACUUCGGAAAGACGAUUUUGGGCAACGCUGAAUACGACGAGCUUCUGAAGCCGAUUGCCGAGGCCCUUCAUCUUCAGCCCCACAAGCUUGUUACAAAGGAUGCGGAAGGAAAAGAGAAAAUUAUCGAAUUCUACUCAUCUUUUGAGAACAAGGGCAUUAUCGGAAAUGAUGGUCGCAAAUACCUCCUGGAUCUGCUUCGCACCUUGCCCCCGGAUGCUAAUUAUCUGGAAGGGGCUGAGCUGUCGGAAUCGGUGAAGAAAUUGGGUUACCCACGCACUUUUUGCCACAAGAUCACCAACCUCCGUCCUGAGAUUUUGGAGCAUUACAUCGAGGACGCGCAGCUGCUUUUCUACCGAAAGACCGCAGCCCAUUACUAUAAGAAGCGCGACGCCAUGAAGAUGGCUGUGACUUCGGCGGAAUUGCAACAAGCGCUAGACAAAUUCGCUGAGGAUGAGAAGAAAAUCGGAGACUGGCAUCUUAUUCCACGUACCGUUGGUGCAGUGCGGCUUGUGAAACUCGCUGAACGUGAUGAUCCGAAGGUGGUGAUGGAAUGCAUCACAAUGGCUGCGAAGGAGCUGAGGUCACUUGAUCCGACGAAGCUGGAGCUCAGAUUCAACCCAGACUGCUUCGCACCUGUUAUUCAGCACGCGGACCAAGACGAGCUGAAGAAACAACAACAGCUUGUUAUUGACGUUGCCGCAUUCCUCGUUGAGCAGAAGAUUCCGACCUUUGUUCGCUCUUUCACCGACAUAUACUCCGCUUGCAUUGAUGGUCAAGAGUUGGUUGAGAGGAUGCAUAACGCUGGCAUCAAUGUUCGCUACUUGGGUUACAUGCUGUCGUUGGUAACGGACUUCACCUAUGUCGUGCCAAUCAUGGGCUCUGAAUUGCUUUGCCGUUCUGUGAAGCACGUGAUGCGAAAGUUCCUCCAGGAGCUGCCGAAGAUGGAGUUCUCUGCCGGCAUCGCUUUGUUCCUCAAUUGCCUCUUUGGUACACAGGCGGCCGAGGAGAAAGUGAGCAAGAAGAAAAAGGCUGCGCAAGUCCGCCGUCCUUCUUGGUCGGAGCUUACCACGAAGGCUCUUUGGGCUUCAAUAGUUGCCGAUAUGGAAAUUUAUUAUGGUUUCGUGAUGGAUCGCGAUUGUGAUUCGGUCGAGGCUUGGCUGGCCAAAUAUCGUAUCCAGAAGGUGGCUGUUCUUCGUCGUGUUUGCCGCACGAUGGGUAUUCAAAUCUGCGCCAAGGACUAUAAACUGGAUAAGAAGCCGACGCCCUUCAAUGAAGAGGAUAUCCUUGGACUGUUCCCGGUGUUCCGCCAUAAGAAUCCGCUAGCCCAGGAAGGCUCAAAUCUCUUGUACCGCGCCAAGGCCGAGAUGCAGAAGUCCAACCUUUCACUGGCCCUAUUCGCAGCUCAGGAGGCUGUAUCCGUCAUGAACAGCGUCUACGGCAGCAUUCAUCCCCAGCUGGUGCAGGCCCUAAGGGUUUUGGCUGUGCUCACUUACUAUCACGGCGACUUCCCGGAGGCUUUCCAACAGCAGUAUAAGGCUCUCCUCAUCAACGAGCGCUGCAAUGGCGUCGAUAGUGCCGAGAACAUUGCGGAAUAUGUCCAACUUUCGAUUUUCGCAUUUGCGCUUUUCAAUGUUCCGGCUGCUGGCAAGCUGAUCUAUCGGGCUCGCUACUUGUUGUUGAUCGCCUAUGGUGACACUCAUCCCAUGAUGUUCCAGAUCAAUGCUACGAUCGCUUGCUACUUAUACGCUAGCCAAGAAUACGAUUUGGCAGCCCGCUAUCUUCAGUCUGCAUUGGAUAAUCCGUAUGUGCCUUGCAAGUCUCAGAAGACGGCACUCGUGAAUCAUAUGUUCGCCCGCACCCAGGUUCAGUUUGGAAAUUUCCGUGAAGCGCUGAAAUACGAGAAGAAGGCAUACCAGUUCUAUGCCGACGUUUUCGGUGAAGAGAGCAAGCAUGCAGUUGAAUGCACCGAGUACCUCAAGGUGCUUGCCACGCAGGCCGUCCGUCUUCAGAAGCAGAUGAAUGAUGUGGCUAAUGGUCUCGACGUGCCCAAGAUCCGCCCACUGCAGCCUCCAGAGACUAUGGAGGGCAACUACCGCAGUAUCCUUGAUACUGUGAGCUCGAUCAACGGCAUCGCCUCCGUCCCGCUCACCUUCAUGGAGGGCCUCCCGCCAGCUGCGUACAAGGACGAAGCCUUAGAC